AUGAGUUUUGCAUUUGGAAGCAGUGGAACGUCUUUCAACUCCGGUGUCUCCUUUAGCUACAUCACUGGAGUUCCUGAUACAAAGGCCGUUACGCCUCCAGCACGAACGGUACUGUUCAAAAACCUGCUGAAACGAGAUGCAAGCACCAGAGAAAAAGCCAUCUCCGAGUUGCUGACCCAGCUCCAAGCCAAGAACCCAGAGACCCUCGACAAGACCACAUAUUACGCCUGGAUCCAGCUUUACGCUAAGCUAGCUAUCGACAUUAGCCGAGUAGUACGAGAUAAGGCACACCGAUGCCAGGGAUACAUUUGCAGCAUUCUGGGUCCCCAGAGUGUUCCCCAUUUGGGCGAUGCCAUCUGUCCUUGGCUUUUGGGAACUGUCGAUUCUGACAGACAGGUUGCUAUGGCAGCCAUGCAGUCUCUGGAUAUCGCCUUCCCGGACCCUGAGAAGAGGGGCAAGUUUCUCAAGACAUUCCGAAAGAGCUGUGUCACCACUCUGGUGGAAGCUCUCCGAACAGAGACAAAGGACUCACUUUCUGACGACCGAUUCGUCACCAAGGAGGAGGCGGAUGCCAAGUUCAACCGGUUCCGAUCGUCCGGAAUCGCUUUACUAGGAAACUUGCUACCAUUCAAGCAAUCCGAGCUUGACGAGGGAUGCGAGGACAUUCUGCAUGAUGAUAAACUAUGGAACUCGGUCACCUCUGACGACUCUGCUUUGGCCCAAGCAGUUAUCACCCUGGCUUCUAAGAUGAUCACUGACGACUCUCUGCAUGAGACCUUCUCCAACACCCUCCUUAGAAAGGGUCUUGGAUCUAUCAAUCCCGGCUGCAUCUCUACUUACACUAAACUUAUCACAAAGCUGACCGUGACCAAUCCAGAGAUCUGGUCCAUGGCCAAGAAACCCCUUACUCCCCAACUGAGCAAGUACCUACGGACCUCAAAAGCGUGGAACGAGAUUCCUGUUCUUAUUGAGGCCAUCAACAGAACUUCCUUGGCUACAGAUAUGGACAAAUUGAUGGCUGACUUCCUGUCUGGCGUCACUUCUGAUGAAUCACCAGGUGCAUGGAUCUGCUUCUUUGACACCAUUGCGAAGAUCGCCAACACCAGUCAGCUUGGAGCCGCCCUUUCUCAGCUCGGGAAGCUCAAGGAGAUCAUUCGACCCAGGGGGUUGUGUAAUGCUACUCUCACUCCCACGGGUCAGAUGUAUCCUUAUGUUUCUAACCUAGCUCGAGCAUGCCAUUCUGAGUUCGAGACAGCCUACAAUGCCGCCAUCACUCGAACUACCGAGAAGAAGGAUUUCCUUACAUUCGAGAAACUGAUGCAACUCACUGCUUUCUUGAUGGAAGAUGAACCUCUCCGUCCUAUUCUUGGACCUGGUAUUGAAGCUAUCUUCACUUUUCCCGUUGAGAAGGCUACAAAGGCUCUGCUCUACCCCGUGAACAAGUUCCAUCUUCUUAGUGAGUCUCUUCAGAACAAGUUCAUUGAGUUCACCAUGGCUCUGCCUCUCCACUUUACUGCAGAUAACGUCGGGCUUUUGCUCGACCUGGCCCAAGAUAUGGCUCGAAAGAUGCCCGCCGAAGAUGUUGACAAGUUCUUUGCCAUCACCACCGAUAACAUUGCAAAAGUGGAAGACACUGAGACUCGACAGAAUCUCCUGCAUGCAUUUGUCUCUUCCCACUGGCCUACUACGCUUCCCGACUCUGUGGUCACCCUACUUGAGGGCACCCUGGACCACAGCUCUACAGCUCUUCUGCUCAAAGGCUCUUUCACAGAUGAACAGAAGAAGGCUCUCUUCUCACAUUUUGAGGAUGACCUUCUAGGCGAUCCCACUGCUCUUGAGGAUCUCUCUGAUGGUGUUCUUACUCGACUGUGUGACGGAUUCCUCGUUGACAAUAGAAGCAUCCUCUUCGAAGACGUUAUGUUCGAGCCUUUCAUCGAGAAGCUGCUUGGAAAAAUCGAGGAGCUUGAGUACACUAACAAGGAACUAGCCUCCAAGCUGGCUGAGCAGUGUGUCAAGGCUGGACUCAAGGACUAUCUUUUGAGCUCUGGAGUUCGUGACUUCAUUGCCGAUCUGUCCAAGCGCGUGGCUGUUCCAUGGCUUUUUGAGGCUUGUCAGCUGUUUUUGACCAAGCUGCAGAACCUCCUGCAGUAUGAUCUGUCUCCAUCUCUAACGGUUACGUCCAAGUUCGGAGGAGCUGUUCUGUUUGAGCAGUUCGUUGGUCCUGAUGAACUUGCAGGUGUCAAACCUGAGCCUCGUCUCAUUGACGAAGCCCUCGGCCUUUUUGGCUUCAUGUUCACCCUCGAUAAGAUCAAGCCUGUUGACGACACUCUAGUAGAGUAUGUGACUGUUGCCAAGAAGUACACUGAACUUAACAGUGUGACCACGGACUUUGAUUUCGAUCGGUACGCUGCUUUUGCUUCUAUGAACGCCCUAUCGAAUGAUCUCAAGACCAAAUUCGAGGACAACAGCAAACUCAACGGACCUGCCGCAUUCUAUUAUGCUCAGAUUGUCGCCGAUACAACUGUUCCAGUUGGUACCGUGAAUGUGCGAAAGCUAGUACAGGAAGAAAAGUAUACUGAGGCUCUGAUUGACAUUGUUUCUCGAUCCGAGGAGGAUUUCCAACAGACUCUCAGCUACUUGGCUUCUGAGAUUCCUUCUGUUUCUGCCUUGGAGAUUGAAGCAAAAAGCGGUUUCAACCGACUGGUUCUCAUCAAUUGCAUCUUCGAAUGUUCCGAGUACGAACUUGACAUACCUCUUCAGCGACUUAGUAUGAUGACCAACACUCUUUUCGACUGGUGUUUGGAGGCUGAGAAUGCCUUUGAGUUGGACUUCAUCCCGAUUCGAGCUGAGAUAGCCAAGCUCAUCUUGCAUCUUGAGGACCAGGAUGUUUCGCGAGACUUGUACGAGAAGUUCCUGUCCUUUGUUAUUGAGGGUCUCAACAUUCUGUCAAGUUUGGAUAAGGAUACUAUUGACGGCGAUAUUGCCGAGAUUGUCGAUGGCUUCCGUCUCCAGCUGUUCAAGAUUCUGGCUACCUACUUCAACAACAAGGAGACUAACCCUGUUCUGGCCGAGGUCUGGAAGGAGGAGAUUGACAGUGUGUGGGAGGAUCUUGCCGGCCAUUUCUGUACUUACGUCACUUCUCCUUCUCCCCUUGCCGUCAAGGUGGACCGCCUUCUUGGACGAAUUGCUGUUCACGUUCCGAUCAAGUACUUUGAGCUCGACAAACUGUUUGGUGUUGUGGCUCGGUCUUCUCCCGAUUGCCAGUUUGCUGCUACCAAGCUUGCUCUUAAGAUGAUUCCUGACCAGCAGGAGGAGCUCUCUAUCAACGUUGAGCUUGCCAAGACUAAGGUUGCCAGUGAACAUGACGAUGAGGACCACAACAUCGACGUAACUCUUUCCCCUGAGCUGCGGUCCGUUGUUGAGUCUGCUGAGCCUGGUUCUUCCCGGUUCCUUCUGGCUUGGAUUCUCAUCUUGGAUCAUCUCGAUGCCUCAUCUUAUGCCAUUAAGCAGGUGUACCUUGAUCAGCUCAAAUCUUCUGAUGCUGUCAACGACAUGCUUACCUGCAUUUCUGAGAUGGUCCAGACCAACCCCUCUACCAAGAACCAUACUGCCUUUCCUAAGACUCUGGACCUCUCUGUUCUUGCAGCGCAUCUUUAUUACCGAGCACUGGUCCAUCUUGGAUCUAUCACCCGUCUGUGGUUCGCUGACAUCAAGAAGCGAUCUGUUGCUCUUGCUGUCAAGGAGACCACUAAGAAGCACUUCUCCCCUCAGCUUAUCGAAGACGAGAUGGAGCGAGUCGAGGAGCUUCUCAAUAAGGCUUCUUUGGAUGACAGCAUGUCUGUGCGGUUCAACAAGCAAACACACGAGGUUCGAGCUACCUACCUUGUUGACGAGCAGAAGAUGGAGAUCUCCAUUGUUAUUCCAGAUGACUACCCUCUGUCCGCCGUAACUGUUGAGGGCGCAGUUCGAGUGGGUGUUCGAGAGAACAAGUGGCGAGCAUGGCUACUGGCUUCUCAGGCCAUUGUUGCCAACAAGAACGGUACUAUUGUUGAUGCUCUGGAACUUUUCAAGAAGAACAUUUCUCUUCACUUCUCUGGUGUGACCGAGUGUGCCAUUUGUUAUUCUAUUUUGCAUCAGGACAAGUCCUUGCCUUCCAAGACUUGUGGCACUUGUAAGAACAAGUUUCACAGUGACUGUUUGUACAAGUGGUUUAAGAGCAGUAACUCUUCCACCUGUCCUCUGUGUCGAAGCACCUUCAGCUUCCGAGUCGGCAAGUAG